AUUUCUUCACCAUGGAACUCAAAUUCUGCUCGUUCUUGAUCUUAGUAGAAGCCAAAUCAGAUGAUUUCGCUUUGGCUAGGGUUUUUUUAGCUUGAAAAAAUGAGGAUUCUGAGUUUAGAGACGAGGCCGAAGAUCGAAAAUCCAAUGAAUGAAACCGAGGGGAAGGCUUGAGAUAGGCCAUGUUCAGGGUUGAAAAGCUAAAACAGGAAUCUAAUGGAGAGAAUUAAGAAAUUGAAGAGCUCUUCUAGGUUUUACUGAAACAGGAAGUGAUGCACUGAUGCCCUUGCACUCGCAGCUCUCCUCUAGCUUCUCUGGCGGUGUCUUAAUUCAAAAUUUGACCUUUUUAAAGGCAAUCAGUACACAGAUCUUCGCGAGGUUGAGGGACGAUGGAGAGAAGACGAGCCAAAUCUUGACGGGUCAGAUAACUCAGAUCCGGAUAUUUACUUGGUCGAAUGAUUGUGAAAAAGGGGUUUGAUCCACAGCCGUUGGAUUUAUAAGGGGACAUAUGUCGUGCGAAGAUAAGGGAUUGGACAAGAAUGGGUGGAUGAAGGAUUAGAGACGAACCAAAUCCCAAGAACGCGCAGGCAGAUACUUCUGUGCAUCUCCUGUCGAAACCUCUGUAAAAUUGAGAACUGUAGCUCCUGUUCUCUGUGUGCCUUUUUUGUUUUUUUUGUUUUUUUCAUUGCUUUUACGAAGUUGUUUUGAUGGAGUUUCACUGCGUAAGGUGCGAUCGCGAAUAUCAUCUCUAGUGAGAUUGGCUGUGUAGUUUGAAGGAUUUCUACUGCAAAUUCUGUUCAUAUUGAAACUCAAGAAUCGAGGUCCAGAUUUGGUUGACCUCUGGUGGAAACAACUGAUUCUCUACCUGAGACAGCUAGUGCGCUAUGGGGUUGAAAAUGCCACACCAAACCUAGAAGAAAAGGGGGCAUAUUUCAUUACUUUGGUCUUUUCAGGUUAAAAACCAAGGUGGAAAGUUCCUCAAGUGUUGAUAUGUUUCAUUCUGAUCUAAUGUUAUUAAGGUAGGUCACUGUUGUGAUGGAAAUGGCAUUAGGUUGAUGGUGGUGAUGCUAGGUGGUUGUCUCAAGGUGGUGGACUUUGAAGGAAAAAAAAUUAACUCUUGGCCUUUUGGUAAUCUAUCAUAUGAUUACUCUUCGAACAAAACAUUUGCUGGCUGCGGAGGAGCUCUUUGUUGUUAUCCAGUAUUUUGUGCUGCGUUUGCAAAGUGUUCAGGUUAAGAUUGCUUGUAUACAAUGGUCAAUGCAACCAAGGGCCUCUUCAUCACAUGUGACAUACCCAUGGCGCAGUUCAUCAUUAAUAUGAAUUCUUCACUUCCCGCUUCGCAGAAGUUCAUAAUACAUGUGCUUGAUAGCACCCACUUGUUUGUGCAACCCCAUGUGGCUGAAAUGAUUCGGUCUGCCAUUGUAGAUUUCAGAGAUCAGAAUUCUUAUGAGAAGCCUGCCUAAGCCAUGAUCCUUGGGUGCCGAUUUUGUUUGAUUCUCGUUCUUAUCCAGUUUCAACAUACAUAUGAUGCCAUAGGAGGCAUUUAAGCAUAUAUGAACUCUCUAACUAUUCCAGUUUAUACGUAAUUCUACUUCCAGAUGAUUAUGAUCCGUGAAGAAAAAUAUGCUAUGGUUCUGUUUUAA